AUGUCCAUGGCUGUCCUCGCCAGUGUCAUCAUGACAGUCCUGAGCAGCACCUCUGAAGAUCAUCAGGAGGUCAAAGUGCGUCCUGGACAGAACGCCACGCUCCAGUGUCAGAGUCCAGCUUCAACCAUCAGACUGUUACAGUGGAGAAGACCUGACCUCGCAUCAGACGGAUACGUCCUCUUCUACAGAGACAAGCGCUCAGUUCAGUCCUUCCAGCUUCCAUCGUUCCAUCAUCGAGUGCAGCUCGUCGAUCCAGAGAUGAAGAACGGAGACGUUUCCGUGAUCCUGAAGAACGUCACCGUCAACGACAGCGGAACGUACGAGUGUCGAGUGUCAGCGAACAGUAAGGAACACAGAAAGAGAGCCACACCUGAGACCAUAAACACCAUCGUCCUGAAGGUCCAACACUCAGAAAUCAAAACGACGAUCGGAGAAUUCAGACUCGCCUCCUGA